AUUUAUUAAUUGAAAGAUUUUCUGCUUUGAUCUCUCCUGAUUAUUCUGCAUCUUUGAUCUUCUGGCUCAAAUUACAAUCUCUGAAACCCUAUUUUAAGAAACCUAACUUGCACAUUGCAACUCUGCAUUCCCUUCAAUCCCUUUUUGUUUUCUUUUUGAAACCCUUAGCAUGGAAGAAGCAGAUGCAUCGAGCAUGGUUUCAAACGCCAAGACGAACGGGCAAUCGGAACCAUCUUAUUCUGAUACCAGCAACCAUGCAUCUCGCCCCAACAAGCGAAGCAGACAUGAUAAAAAAGGCGUUGUAUUAGGGCGGUUCAAGGGGGUGGUGCCACAUAACAAUGGCAGUUGGGGUGCACAGAUUUACGCCAACCACCAGAGGAUUUGGCUGGGGACGUUCAGGUCGGACAAGGAAGCCGCCACGGCCUACGACAGCGCCGCCAUCAAGCUCCGAAGCGGCGACUCCCCCCGCAAUUUUCCCUGGACGGAAGAGAGCACCCUGGAGCUUGAUUUUCAGAACCGCUACAGUACUGAUGACGUCCUGAGAAUGAUCCGGGACGGAUCAUAUCCCUCCAGGCUUGCCGAUUUUCUCCAAAGUAUUCAAAAGAAAAAAAUUACGAUUGAAUCUCGCGCACGACGCAAUGAGAGUUUUCCAUGCAUCCUACUUUUUCAAAAGGAACUAACCCCGAGCGACGUGGGAAGUCUUAACAGACUCGUGAUUCCCAAGAAAUAUGCUUUGAAGUACUUUCCUGGUUACAUAGAAAACGAGGAACUGUUCCUGAAGGAGCAGGAAGAGGCGAGGGACAUGGAGCUUGUUUUCUACGACAAGGAGAUGAGGAUUUGGAAAUUUCGGUACAGUUACUGGAAAAGUAGCCAGAGCUUCGUGUUGACGAGGGGUUGGAUUAAAAAAAAUGUAACAAAUUAAAGUUCCUGGGAAAAGGGUCCAGUUCAAACUCUUUCUUUCAUGUUGACAUUGCUCUUUAAACAUUUGGUUGGGUUUUCGCACCAAUCUUGUAAAGAGAACCCAUCCAUUCCUGCAAUAUUUUUUGCCCACUAAAAAGAUCGAGUUUGA